UCCCAGCCCCCGACUCUCUCCUUGUACCUGCCCCGACUCUCUCUCUCUCUCUCUCUCUCUCUCUCUCUCUCUCUCUCUCGAUUUCUAGGGUUUUGAUCUUUCAUGAACGUACAGAAACCAGAUCGGAUCUCUGAUGGUGGAUUCAAGCACCAGCAAUGCAGGCGCCACGACUCCAUCUCCUCGCCAUCCCGUCCUCCUCAUGCGACGCAUCCCGGCCGUCGAUUCUGCUGCCGUCUGAUUCCUUCAAGGGCCGUAGGAAGGGUUCUUCAAUCACACGUGCACAUUGAUGAUCUUAUCAACCUCCUCCAUGGAUCUGACCCCAUCAGGGUCGAGCUCAACCGCCUCGAGAAUGAGGUCCAAGGUCGGGAUUUCCUCAUCUUCUGUUAUAUCUUGGUUGUGGAUUCAUCGGUUUUUUGCUCGAUUUUGCUGGGUUUUGGGGGUUUAGGGCUUGAUUGGGGCAGGUUUAGGGUCUUUGAGGUGUUUUAGAUGUGUCAGUGCAUGGCCGCCCAACCUCUAUUGAAAGCCGCUACCAUCAUAAGAGGCCGCCCGUCCCUCAUCAUCAACAACCAAGCACAUCUCCACCUGCAAUCGUCCACCAUCAGUUCUGAUUGGCUCUAUUACAUUUCCUUGAUCCAGAGAAAUUCAAGAAUAAAGAUGAUUUUGUUGAAAAAUACAAGAAUCUAAGCUCCUUUAAUGACAUUGAGCUUGCUAAUCUUCACAAGGAAUUGAGGCCUCACAUUCUUCGAAGAGUUAUCAAGGAUGUGGAGAAGUCUUUACCUCCAAAUAUUGAGCACAUCCUCCGGGUUGAAAUGUCUCCCCUUCAGAAACAGUAUUACAAGUGGAUUUUAGAACGUAACUUUCAUAACCUGAACAAAGGAGUCCGCAGAAAUCAGAUUGGAUUGGCGAUGUCUCCAUUGAGCAACAACUCCUUGUUUCUGGAAUAUAGUUUUGCCGCACAGGUAUGGAAGCUCACUGCUUGUGAUCUCUGUGAGAUAGCAAGAAAUUCAGCUCAUCAAUCUAGAUUUUCCCAUGCAGCAAAGGUGAAAGAAGCAAGCCAACUUAUAGCAGUCACAACAAGGACAACAAUUGUGCACGGCGAUGAACUCAUUGUCAUCACAACAAGCCCCUAUGAGCAAGCAGCAUUUGGUUUUAAAACUGAUUGGCGAGACAGGCUACACAUACAUCAUGCCCAAGAACAUUUUGAAGAAGUUUAUUUGCAUAGCAGAUCUUCGGACUCAAAUUGCAGGAUAUUUAUAUGGCAUAAGCCCCCCAGAUAACCCUUAAGUGAAGGAAAUCCGUUGUAUUAGUUAUCAAUUAACAUUAAUAUUUUUUUAGCCAACUCAUCAAAUUGAAGAUGUGUAUUGUAAUAAAUAUUAUAUUUUUUUUAAUUGUCUAGUAAUAUAAAUUUUGCUUAAUAUU